CCUCCGGGUCCCGCCCCCUCCCACCGCGUGGGUGCCAUGGUAACGGAGAGAGAAGGCAACCUGAGUUCCGGAAGCCGGAGAGCUGGAGCUUUGAAGCUACCCGGGUCAAAGGAUGCUGAGUCCCGAGCGCCUAGCCCUGCCGGACUAUGAGUAUCUGGGUUUUGGGAUACAUGUGAAGAACAUGCAAGAUUGUUGCAUAGCUCAGCGACAUGUCCUCACCUACAUGGAGGAUGCAGUGUGCCAGCUGCUAGAGAACAGGGAAGAUAUUAGCCAAUAUGGCAUUGCCAGGUUCUUCACUGAAUAUUUUAAUAGUGUAUGCCAGGGAACUCACAUUCUCUUUCGGGAAUUCAGCUUCAUCCAAGCCACCCCCCACAAUAGAGUAUCGUUUUUACGGGCCUUCUGGAGAUGCUUCCGAACUGUGGGCAAAAAUGGCGAUUUGCUGACUAUGAAAGAAUAUCACUGUUUGCUGCAAUUACUGUGCCCUGAUUUCCCGCUGGAGCUCACUCAGAAAGCAGCCAGGAUUGUGCUCAUGGACGACGCCAUGGACUGCUUGAUGUCUUUCUCAGAUUUCCUUUUUGCCUUCCAGAUCCAGUUUUACUACUCAGAAUUUCUGGACAGUGUGGCCACCAUCUAUCAGGACCUGCUGUCGGGCAAGAAUCCCAAUACAGUGAUCGUGCCCACGUCCAGCGGGCAGCACCGCCAGCGACCUGCCUUGGGCGAGGCCGGCAUGCUGGAGGGUGUGGAGGCAUCGCUGUUCUGCCAGUGUCUGGAAAACCUGUGUGACCGGCACAAGUACAGCUGCCCACCCCCAGCCCUUGUCAAAGAGGUCCUAAGCAACGUCCAGAGACUGACCUUCUACGGAUUCCUCAUGGCUCUCUCCAAGCACCAUGGAAUCAACCAAGCCCUCGGAGCUUUGCCUGACAAGGGGGAUCUGAUGCAUGACCCAGCCAUGGACGAGGAGCUGGAACGGCUGAGGACUCUCCAGGCUUCUUCCCUUCUUCAGGCUGGCCCAGGUCCCAGGCCUGGUCAACUCAGUCACAGCCAGUCCAGAGACCAGUUGCCUACCUUCCCGGACCCCUCCCCGGGUUGGCUCCCCCUGGAGACCCCUCCAUCAUUCCCGAAAAGUGGAUGGAGAGAGUGAUGGCUCCACCGAAGAGACAGAUGAGUCGGAGACUUGAGGAGUCUGAAGGGUCCUGCCCGCAGCACCCUGUACCUGCUCCCACCCAGCCCUUGGCACACCCACCCAGCCUCCUCUCCAGCACUUUGCUGUGCUGCCUUCUGCUGCUGACAAGGCGAAUAACAGCCCCAAGACCUGCCAGAGGGGCUCUGAUGAGCAACCCAGCCAGUGGCCCGGAAGCUGAACCGCCUGCUCUCCCUGGCCCUGUCAGCCUGUGAACUCCACUCAGGCCCCAGGCUGACAGACUGUGCUGAAGCCACCUUUUCACUAGGAAGGGGACUCAGCCGUAGCCUGUUAGUCCUGCUAACCUCUUAAGAAGAGCAGUCUCUUCUGAGCCAUCCUCUGCUGGUUCCCUGAUAAGGUUCAUCUCCUCACAGCCACUCCAGUAAGGGGAGAACCCACAUAGCCACGCAGGGCCUUGCACCAUCAAGGGUGACACCUGUGACACAAGUACCAGGAGGACGUGGCCGCUGCGGCCUUCUGCUGGAGAACAGCCACUAGCCUUGGUAGGACGGAGAAGGGUGGGCAAGGCAAUUUCACCUGCAAAAACUGCUUCAAGUCCCCUUUGUGUCUAAUAGCUAAACGUGAAACGAAUAAAGUCCCUCAUGUCUGGUA